AUGUGUACUGAAGCUCCGACCAUAACAGUCAUACAUGCAGGUGUGGUCGAUCUUAUGGUAUACGAAUACACGUCUAUAGAAAUCUAAGAUUCAGUAAUAAAGUGCAAUCUUUUCAUAUGGCACACAAUUGUCCAUAAUAAAGUAAACAUUUAGUGAAAUCGCAUCCUCAAUUCUGCACGAACGUUUGCAGUUUGUGAUCGAAAAGAAAACUAAGAAGAUGAAAAAACGUUCUUUGGCUGGAAAUGUUGGACUGGGAUUUUUCGUGGUGACUCUUGUACUGGUAGCAGUAUCAUUCAGUACCCCCAGUUGGCUGGUAUCUGAUCCGCGGAUAAAUGGGGCGCGAUUAAAUAGAUUGGGUCUCUGGACCCAUUGCUUCCGGUCGCUGCCUGAUCCUAACUCUCCGAAUUCGCUAAACGCCCACCGUUUCUUCGUCGGAUGCAGAUGGAUCUACGACCCCUUCACAUCCGGAUACGAUGAGAUUCGCGGUUUUCUGGUUCCCGGUUUUAUGAAGGCUACUCAGUUCUUCUACACCCUCUGCUUUAUAUCCGUUCUCAUCUCAACUAUACUAUCCCUAAUAUAUUUCCUUUGCUGUCGCCCAGAUCAAAAACGGUUUAUAGAGUUGGUUAAAAUUAUCGCUUGCGUUCUCAUGGUUGGUGGCAUCUGCGGAAGCAUAGCCGUCAUUAUUUUCGCCAGUUUGGGAAAUCGAAACAAUUGGAUGCCCGGACACGACAAUAACUUCUUCGGAUGGUCCUUCAUUCUGGCGUGCAUCGGCUCCGCUACAUGCAUCAUCGCUGCUGUGCUGUUCUUCGUCGACGCGGAUAUUUACAGGCGGAAAGAAAAUUAUUUCAAAGAAUCACAAAGCAGAUUCGAGUUUGAAGAUACUAAAACAUAAUUUUUAAAAAUUACAACAGAAACACACUUAUUCAUGUAUCCCGAUUCCGUCCAUUCUACUGUAUAAUAAACUGAUUGUUACCAAA